AUGAGUUUCAGUAGAAAAUUUGAACCACCUCAUCAGUACCGGAGCCGUAGAACUCUCAUUCUGGAAUCCGCUUCCUCUGAAUCGGUCAAACUUCAGCGACUCUCCGACUCUGAUUCUGGAAUUAUUGAAGUUAGUUUAAACAGGCCUGGAGCUAGGAAUGCGAUUGGAACGGAACUAUUGAGAGGCCUAAAGCAUACAUUUGAAACUAUUAGUGAGGAUUCUUCUGCUAAUGUUGUAAUGAUUUCUAGUUCGGUACCUAAAGUGUUCUGUGCUGGUGCUGAUUUGAAGGAACGCAGGGCAAUGAGUGCAUCUGAGAUUCAUUAUUUUGUCAACUCUCUGCGAUCCACCUUCUCAUACUUAGAGGCACUUCCUGUUCCUACCAUUGCCGUCAUUGAAGGAGCGGCAUUGGGUGGUGGACUUGAAAUGGCUCUAGCGUGUGAUCUUCGUGUCUGUGGAGAAGAUGCAGUAUUGGGUUUACCUGAAACAGGACUUGCUAUAAUUCCGGGGGAUGUACUAAAUUUUGUUUUUAAAUCAAAGUUUAAGUGACAUCUCAUGGUUUACUACUUGAUUUAUUUUUGUUUGAUGGUGAGGGUUUAGAUUAGUUCUGUAUUUUUGCUCAGAAGAGUGGCUUCUAAUUGCAUUGUAACAGUAUUAAAUGGGUUGUGUGAAUACUUUUCCUUUUCGAAAAGUAAUUGCAGUGAUAGAUUACUCAUACA